AUGCCGCCGAAAGCGGGCGAGAUCAGCCAAUCCGUCGAAGAAAGCAACAAACUCCGCGAGAAGCUUGGAAUCCAGAAGCUCAAAGAGGACAAGCCACAAAGUUCCAAAGGCAGCUCCAACGAUCCUGUCUUCGCUCCAGCAGAUAAGAAAGCUGAAGAUGCCAAGGAUACAGACAAGGAGAGCAAGCGGAAGGCUGCAGCUGCCAAGUCGAAGAGAGACCACGAGGAGUUGGUGCAAGGCGCCGGAUUGGGGGAUAUCCUUGAAAAGGAGGAGGGGAAGGGCAGCGCAUCGGACUGGAUCGCCAGGACAAGAGGCGCAGAUGGAAGUAUGAAGGGAGCGACUGCCAAGAAAGAUGAUGGCAAGAAGAGGAAGGAGGCUCCCGGCGGAGAUGUGUCUGUUCCAAAGAUGAAAGUACGACAUGACUCCGAAGCCUUGAAAGAGGGAGAGACCAUGGUGAUGACUCUUAGCGACCAGCGGUUGAUUGACAAGGACGGCAACCUGGUCGAAACGCAGGACGAGCUGUCCAACGUCAAUCUGCUAGAUUCCGACAAGGCGAAGAAGCAUGAAGCCAUUAGGUCUCAGGUGGAGUACGAUCCCACCAAGCAGGGGGCGGACAUCCUCGACAAGUACGACGAUCCUUCGGUCGCACCGAGCGGCUUCAUGAUCGGUGGUGUGCCCACUGGAGUCAUUGAAGAGAGGGAUCCGGAGAAGAGGCUGCAGAUCCUGACAGCAAUGAGCGAGAAUCAGACCCUGGACUUUGGGGUGAUCUGUGGCCUCCAUCACACGGAGCUUUGCCUCGUCCACUUGCCCAAGGCAACGACAACUCAGGACUUGAUGGAGGCCAUCAGCCAAGAGACCGCCGUCCCAGGGGAUCACUUCCGCCUGGUUUGGGCUGGGACGGCGCUGGGUGCCGGACCGCUGCCAGCGGCUUUUCGCAAGAAGAGCGACCUUCCGCUCAAACUGACCAUGGUCAGGGUUCAGCCUGCCUGGGCAGUGGCUUUGGAUCGGGUCUUGGGAGGCUUGAUUCCAGGCGCCGACUUUGACGCGAUUUGCGAUGGUCGCGUGCUGCAAGAACUAGGAGAAGUCCGGGACUGCCUGCGACAAAACCGCGAGCUGGCGCUUGCCGCAGUGCAGCACUCCGGAAGCAUGCUGAUGCACUGCAGCGAAGAGUUGCUGCGUGACAAGGAGCUGGUUCUGGCAGCGCUCCACGAAUGUGGAACAGCGCUGCGCUUUGUCCCUCUGCCGCUGCGCAGAGACCACGAGGUCGUGUGCGCCGCUGUACGAAACGAUGGCGAAGCUUUGAUGCACACGCCUGCUGAGUUGCAGGCGAACAAGGAGAUUGUGGCAGAGGCAGUAGCCCAAGCUGCGGAGGCUCUUCGGCAUGCCUCUCCACUCCUAAAACAGGACAGAACGUUUGUGCUGGAGGCAGUCAGAAGGCGUGCAAAGGCCUUCCUUCAUGUGGCAGCAACUCUUCGAAAUGACAAGGCCUUCGUCAUCUCUGCUGUGCGA